AUGCCGGGCCUUUUCACUCAGCUCCAGGUCGAGAUGUGCGACCAGGCCCUGAACCCUGCCUCCUCGGUUGAGCGCGACCUUGUUGAGUUCGCUUCUAAGGUUGAGGAUGCUAUUUCGCCGGGUUCUUCUGAGGAGUGGUUUUUGGAACACGCCCUCGAUGCCAUCCAUGAUGACACACCCUCCCCCGCUAAGUGGCACCUCCUCAAGCAAAUGGCUCAGGUCCUCUCGUUGCAACAUAAUACCCCCCACAGCCCCGCUACCUUUAGGCUCCUGUCUGCCAAUGUUACUCACUGGAGGCCAGAGGUUCGGGAUUGGGCCUUCUCUCUUGAAGGCCAUGGGGUUCUGCUCCAGGAGCUUCACCUCACCUCUGAGGCUGCUCAUGAGGCUACGAUUGCCGCCUCUAAAAGAGGGUUUCGUCUCUUUACCUCGCCUCCCUUCCUGAGUGAUAAGAGGCGCCCCUUGGGAGGUUUUGGUGUCCUCAUCCGCUCCUUCCUUAAUCCCCGCCAUGUCCUUACCCACACCGUGGAGGGUUGUGGUUUCCUGGCCGUCUCGCUUCGGUGUUCCGGGUUCGAAUUGACCCUGGUUUCCAUCUACCUCCAGUCUGGUACUGGCUUUAACUCCCCGGUCAACGCCGAUGUCCUUGCUCGCCUCUUAGCCUUUCUUCCUUCCCUCCGGGGUGUGUGGAUCGUUGCUGGUGACUGGAACAACCCCAUACAAGAUCUCCUCGCCACUAGGCUUGAGGAAGUUUCCCAUGGGCGUUUCCUGGGUACCGGUUCACCCACCGCAGCAACCGACCGGGAACUUGACUACCUUCUGGUCUCGUCUCCGGCUGUCGCUUUCCUGCAAGUCGCUCAGGACUGGGUCGUCCCCUUUAAGCCUCACUGCGCUCUGCGGGCCACUCUACAGCUCAGCUCUCUGCAGCUUCCCUAUCCGCAACUCGCUACCUUUUGUGAGGUCUUUCCUGACCCCUUGCCCUUUCAACCCUCGGUCCCGAGCCCCUCGCCUAUCGCGGAGGUUAACCUUCUCGGCCUCACAUCCACCGACAAGCUCACUCUCGACUUCGCAGAGUUGAGCUCUUUCCUCGAGGUCUCUCACGGGUUCCCUGACCGAGGGCGUGGGGCUUUUGUUCCCUUUCUUCACAAGCCCCUUGUCCAGGGCCACUCUGUUACCUUUGCCUGGAAAGGCCAGCUUCCCUCCUUGGUGUCAGCCUUGCUUCACCUUCUUGACCGACCCGACGCUGUGCAGUCCCUCUUGUGGUCCUUUUUGGACACUUCCCUCCCCUCCGAGGUCCGCGCCUUUUGUGAUCGGGUGAGCGACGGCUCUGCUUCUUCCGCCACCCUCCGCGCCGAAGGCACUGCCCUCCUUGGUCAACUCCGGCGCGAGCAAACUGCCCAGCAAGCUGACCAGUACGGUGAGUGGCUGGAGGAAGCUUCGAGUUCGCACCUGGGGCCGCUCUUUCGAGCCAUCAAGUCCCAUGAGCAGGUGCUUGAUCGGCCCUUUCAAGACUGCGAUGGACUUCGCCGUGUCUUUGAACGGCAUGAGCAUUGGGCCCGCGUCUGGCAAGCUUCGGUUUUUCCCCAGCACUUUGCUCACCCUCUCCUCGCGGAGCUCCGCUCGAGGGCCGUCUCCCAUUCUGGCACCCUGGCUCCCUUGACUGUUCCCCACCUUCAGAAACUUCUCAAGAAAGCCGGGAAAAAGAAAGGGGGCCCGGACGGCUGGAGCUACCCAGCCCUUCGGGCACUGGACCCGGCAGCUCUUCAGCUCGUUGCCGACUUCCUCGCCCGUGCGGAGGCUGAGGUGCUUUUGCCUUUCCAGCUCACCUGCGUUCAGGUCGCUCUUCUCCCGAAGUCGGCCGACAAGGAACGCCCCAUAAGUCUUCUACCGUGUCUGUGGAGACUGUGGGCACGGGCUAGAUGGCAGGACAUCUCGGCUUGGACGUCGGCUUACGCCCCCGCCCACCCGUGGGACCGGGCGGUUCCAGGCCAGGCAAGCCUGGACACGGCACUGGCCCGCCUUGUCAGAUCAGAGCAUUCAAAGCUCGAGAGGACGCACAUAGUGUCGCUCUUCCUCGAUUUGCGAGGCUUCUUCGAUUCUGUGAGCUAUGAGCGCCUUCUCCUCCAAGGGCUCGCUCACAGUUUCCCUCCUCUUCACCUCUGGUUCGCCCUCCAGGUCUACCAGGGUCCUCGCUGCCUUGUGGCCGACUCGAUCGCUGCCACGCCGCUCUUUCCUGGCCGGGGCGUGCCCCAGGGUUGCCCUCUCGCUCCCUCGCUUUCCAAACUCACCAUGUCCGAGCCACUCCAGAAGGUUUCUUCCCUUCCCUUCGUCACCAACACAGACUUAUGGUUGGACGACGUGAGUUUAGACGUGGUGGGUUCCGACCCUGUCGAGGUCGCUUCCUCUGCGCUUCAGGCCUACCGGGUACUUCAUACCUCCCUCGGCCUUGAGGGCCUAGAGGUUGAGACCACAAAGACCAAGUUCGUCGCCGGUACGGCCCGCGCUCGCGCCGCGCUUCAGCAGCUGCGGCGCCCGGGCGAACCCGACACCGCCGACCUGGUUAAGGACCUCGGUCUUGACUGCGCUGCUGGCCGACGGCGGCGCAUCACCACCGCCCAAAAGCGCUUUCGCACCGGCAUCGGCCGAGUCCGCCACAUGCGCCGCCUCCGCAUACGCCGCAGGUGGGUGCGUGGCCGGCUGCUCCAAGCCUCCGCCCUUAAGGCUGGCCUUUAUGGCCACCAGGCCGUUGGGGUUGCCCCUAAGCGCCUUAAGGUCUUACGCUCGGCGGUUGCGCGCGAGGCUGGUCGUUUCGAGCACGGUUCCGCCGACGUCAUUCUCGACCUCAUGUCCCACAAGGCCGUUGACCCACACCAGCUUGUGGUUGUGGAACAGCUCCAGGCCCUUGGGCGCCUUGCCUCCAGCGCCUCACCCGAAGGCGUGCGGUUACUCACCCGCACUUGGGCCUCCUCCUGGUCCAGACAGGCCUCUGCCACCCAUGGGUGGAAAAUCGUGAACGGACCCGUUUCCGCGCUCAUCCAGUACUUACUCGACUUGCGGGUGUCUGCCCCUACCCCUGAGGUCUGGACACACCGCGAAGCUACCUUUCACUUCCGCUUCCGCGAUCCGGGAGCGGUUUUUGAGGCCUCUGCUUUCUUACGCCGGGUCAUACAGCUCGAGCGCUGGUCCCGGAUCGGCACCGUCUCCACUGCCGCUGGUGCCGCCUUAGGCAUCGAUUGGACCGUGCCCCGCCGCCUCUUAGCCAGUCCUCGGACGAAGCCCUGGCGGCAUGGCCUUAGGGCCGUCUUUCAAGGCGCCCUCCUCCACUCUGGCAACGGAGGGAAGGAACGGUGCAAGUUCUGUGGCGGCCCCAACACCCUGCACCACCUCCUUUACGAGUGCGAAAACAUCCCCGGCGCCCUCAUGCCCGCGGGCUGGCUGCUGUCCUACAAGCGGCGCCACCCUGCCGACUGCCUUUGGUUGCGCGGUAUGCGCCCCCUUUCCCCCCGCGAGCCCCUCGCCCGCGAGGCUGAGGUACGCCGUACUGGCUUCUUUCUCGAAGGCACCCCUGACUUAACCGGGCUCUGCGUUGCCACCGACGCUUCCGGAGGCCCUGCCUCCAAGGAUAGUCGCCUCCGCUCGGUCGGCUGGGCCGCGGUGGUUGCCAGCAGGAGUGAUGGCAACCUUGUCGUACUGGGCACCCUGUCCGGGCUUUUGCCUGCCCCUGCUUCUGUGCCGGAGGGCGAGAGCGAGGCCAUCGCUCAGGUCCUCCUCUCUUCCAGAGGCACUUUUGACCUCACCUGCGACUGCCAGCCCGCCCUGCGCAGCCUCCAGGGGCCCUUCACGAAGCGCACCUCGCUUGUGUGGGCCAAGGCUUGGGAACACAGGCACCGAGCUGAACCCCACUGGGUGCGCUCUCACCUUAGUCCCUCGGACUUUUGUUUUGAGUUCGGCGCUGAAGCCCUGUGGCGCCAUGAGCUCAAUUCUCUGGCGGACAAGCUCGCCAGGGACCGCGCGGAGGAGGUUCAGACCCCACACCGUCUCGCCGCCCAGAAGGAGGUAGACCGUGUCACCUCCCUCGUUUGCGAGUAUCUCGGUCACCGCGCGGUCGCCAUUUUGGCCAAGGCCGAAAAGGAGGAUUUCGUGCCGCGGAAGAACCGUCUCCUCUCCGCUCUUGAGCCCUCCUCUUCCCCCUCGCCCAACAAGAGGCAGAGGUUGCAGGCCCUUCUUGACGAACCCCCUCUCCCGGGAGGGCACGUUUGGUCUCGCACCUCUAAGGAGAAGAGUUUCAACAUGUGUGUUAAAUGCUCCGAGUGCUCCCUUUGCAUCUACCAGGUUGACACGCCGGAAACCUUUGAGCGCCUCAUUUCAUUCCCGUGCCGAACGGCUGCGGUUUCGUGCCCCUUUCCGGUCCACCCCUCGCACAGUCUUGUGCGCCAGGGGCCUUCCUGGAAGUGUGGCCAGUGCCAUGGCCAAGUGACUCUUCGCAUGGGCGUCGCGCCAAAAAAGCUCGUAGCUUCGCUCUUCCUAGAGCAUGACCGUGAGCGGGUGCAGGCGAAUCCGCCUCCCGCACCACCACCGGCUCCUCGCCGAAGGGCUGAGGUCGAAGACGACGAGGUUGCAAUGGAGGUGGAGUCUGCGGACUCCUCCCCGUCCUCCUCCCCGCAGCCUGCCCCAGCGGCAGUGGCGACCAGGCGGGGGGGGCAGGGCGAUUGGCAUCGCCUCACGCUCAACCCGCUCUCCUCCAGUUUCUCCUCGGAGAAACGAGUUCGCUGGUUGCUCGUGGACGAGCACGAGAUCGCGGCUCAUGACAGCCCGCAUCUCGCGGUGCCGCCCUCGCCCCUGGUGGCUGAGGUGGAGCACUCAGUCACUGCUGGAGUUGCCUCCUCAGCCCCGGCCGGCCCCCGGCCCUCUCCGGUCGCUUCUCCUUCCCCGGCUCCUCCUCGGCAGCCGGAUGUGGAGUCCGCCUCCUCGGCCCUAGCUCAGGUCAAGCCCUCGCCUUUGGCUGAGGUAGCAACCUCUGGUUCAGUGGGCCCCGAGCCCAAGGCUACCGCCCGGCCUCCCUCAGGCCCUCCUGGUACCUUGUCAAAGAAGGGUGAACCUGCCCCACACACACCCAGUGGCCCGGGUAAAGGGGCCACAAUCUCCACCGCUGCUUCGGCAGCUGCAACUCCAGACGUUGCCUCCACAGCUGGCAAUGGCCCCCUUGAGACCCUCGCCUCCUUGGCUGAGGUUUCGGGUCUCUCCACGGCCCCGCCGGACCCUGCAGAGCCAGAGCUCGCUGGCCUCGCAGCGGUUGCGAGAGGGGCCAGUCCUAGCUUCCCGAACCCCUCAAAUGUCUCAGGUGACGAAGCGACGGACUCUCCAAGCUUGUCUCCUCGCCGGCCGGCUAGAGGUCCGGCUCCAGCUGAGGCUCGUCAAGAGCCGGCCCACGUGCAGGUCUUCAGCGAGAACUUCCUCCGCUGUUUUGCAUGCGGCGUUACUACUUCCAAUCAACAAACGAUGAAAGCCCAUGCAAUGACCUCCAGGCACGUCCGCCUACCCACGGCCUAUGUGGCCAAGCGAAGGCGCGAGCUGGCAGCUGCCCAGGCUGCCCAGCCUUCCGUGCCGUAG